CCUGCCGGCUGUCCGAACCAUGCAGUCGCGGCUGGUGUGGGGAAGCGGCUGCGGCUGCGGCGGGCCGGCCAGGAGGGUCCGGUUGCUCCUGCAGCAGGUGGCGGCGGCGCGGCGGAGGGCGGUGCACGGCGGGGGCUCAGGUGAUACAGUUACCAUUGGCGAAGUGUCAUUUAAACUCAAAGCGUCAAAGAACCCAGAACUUGUCCCAGGGAACUACAUUUCAGACACUUUGGCUCAGUCUGUUAUCCAGCAUCUACGAUGGAUCAUGCAAAAGGACCUUUUGGGCCAAGACAUCUUCCUUAUAGGACCCCCCGGGCCUCUGCGGCGGUCUAUAGCUAUGCAAUAUUUGGAGCUGACAAAGCGAGAGGUGGAAUACAUAGCCCUCUCCAGGGACACAACAGAAACUGAUCUCAAACAGCGGAGAGAGAUCCGAGCUGGCACAGCCUACUAUGUUGAUCAGUGUGCAGUCCGUGCAGCUACAGAAGGUAGAAUCCUGGUUCUGGAAGGACUGGAGAAGGCAGAGCGGAACGUCUUGCCUGUGUUGAACAAUUUGCUGGAGAACAGGGAAAUGCAACUCGAAGAUGGACGUUUCCUUGUGUCUGCAGAACGUUAUGACAAACUAUUGAAGGAACACAAGAAGGCCGAGUUGGAUACAUGGAAAAUUGUCCGAGUCAGCGAAGACUUCCGAGUGAUUGCCCUGGGCCUUCCUGUACCCCGAUAUUUGGGUAAUCCAUUAGACCCACCUCUUCGGUCUAGAUUUCAAGCUAGAGAUGUUUACUAUCUUCCCUUUAAGGAUCAUCUUGCAGCGUUAUAUCGUGCUGGACCUAAUGUUGCAACAGAGAGAAUUUCCCAGCUUUUGUCCUUUGCAACAACUCUUUGCACUCAAGAAUCUUCUGCACUGGGGCUCCCUGAUUUUCCUGUAGAUAGCUUAUCUUCUGCUGUGAAGAUUCUGGACUCCAUCCCUAUGAUGUCAGUCGAGCACUUAAUUCAUUGGCUUUAUCCAUAUGAGAUCCUGCUAGGCAAGGAAGGAAAGACUGCAGUAGAAGACGCGUUAAAAAGAUUUGAGCUCCGGGAUUCAGCAAAACCUUUACUUCCUAUGAGAGUUACAAGUGUCAGAAGGAGAGAGAAUGACCAGAGUUUCCAGGCUGACGUGACAGUCCACAUAGCUGGGAAAGAAGUGACCUUUCAGGUUCCAGCUGGAACGGAGCCAGCCGAUCUGCGUUCUGGGCCAGAAGAUUUUAUCAGGACUUCCAGCCAUGAACAGCUGUUGGCAGCCGUGAUGUUGUCUCACAUGGUGAAAGACGUCUGCUUGAUUGGAGAAAAAGGCUGUGGCAAAACAGUUGUUGCUAAGGAGUUUUCGGCUGCCUUAGGAUACCACAUGGAAUCCUUCAUGCUCUAUCAGGAUAUGACUGCCCGAGACCUGCUGCAGCAAAGGUAUACCCUCCCAAAUGGGGACACUUCUUGGAGACCUUCUCCGCUAGUAACAGCCGCCCUUGAAGGGAAGCUUGUCGUGCUUGAUGGCAUUCACCGGGUCAACCCAGGCACUCUAGCUGUGCUCCAGAGGUUAAUUCAUGAUAGAGAGAUCACGCUUUAUGAUGGCACCAUCCUGCUCAGGCAAGACAGAUAUGAAAAGUUAAAAGAACAGCUGCAGCUCUCAGAUGAAAACCUACAGCAAAGGCCAGUCCAGGACAAGACAUCUAAAACUAAUUCUGUUCCUCCCAGGUCCAUUUUCCCCAUCCACCCUUCGUUUAGAAUAAUUGCCUUAGCAGAGCCCCCGGUUGUCGGAAGUGCUACGCAGCAGUGGCUGAUCCCAGAGCUCUUAACGCUUUUCCUUUUCCAUUAUGUGAAGCCUCUGAACAAGAGUGAAGAGAUGAAAGUUAUUAAUGAGAAGGUCCCAAAUGUGCCCAGUGCUGCAGUGGAGCAGCUGUUGAAGUUGACACAUAAACUUCGUGAGACCCAGGACCCCCGCGCUCAGUCGUUGGCAUCAUCCUUGUCCACACGGCAGCUCCUGAGAAUUUGUCAGCGACUGUCUCAUUAUCCAGAUGAGAGCCUCUAUCAUGCAAUAAAUAAAGCUUGUCUUUCUAGGUUUUUACCCAACCUCGCCGCAUCUGCUUUACAUAAAAAUCUGCUGGACUGUGGAAUUCACGCAAGCCCUGCUGAUACUGGAAAAAAUGAUGAAAAGGAUUUGAGCUGUGAAAUCAGCUCUGGAAUCCUGAGGAUUGGUGGCGCCACCAUCCCAGUUCACAACCCCAGUGAAAGAAUGAAGGUGCCUGAUGUUCUCUUCUAUGAAAACACACAACAUAUGAUGGUGAUGGAAGAUAUGCUCAAAGACUUCUUGCUUGGAGAGCACCUUCUGUUAGUCGGCAACCAGGGUGUGGGGAAAAACAAGAUUGUUGACAGGUUCCUUCACCUAUUGAAUAGACCCAGAGAAUAUUUACAGCUGCAUAGAGACACCACCGUCCAAAGUCUUACACUGCAGCCUUCUGUUAGAGAUGGUCUCAUUGUCUAUGAGGAUUCUCCACUCGUGAAAGCUGUCAAGUUGGGUCACAUUUUAGUUAUUGAUGAGGCAGACAAAGCGCCAACAAACGUCACCUGCAUUUUGAAAACUUUAGUGGAAAGUGGAGAAAUGAUUCUGUCGGAUGGGAGGCGUCUCAUUGCUAAUCCUGUGAACAUAAAUGGGAGAAAGAAUGUGAUAGUAAUUCAUCCAGAUUUUAGAAUGAUAGUUUUAGCCAACAGACCUGGAUUUCCUUUCUUGGGUAAUGACUUUUUUGGAACACUAGGUGAUAUCUUUAGCUGUCAUGCAGUUGAUAAUCCUCAACCGGACUCGGAGUUGGCAAUGCUGCGACAAUAUGGACCCGAGGUUCCAGAGCCGGUCCUGCAGAAGCUGGUGGCAGCUUUUGGGGAGCUCCGAAGCUUGGCUGACCAAGGAAUAAUAAAUUAUCCUUACUCAACUAGAGAAGUAGUGAACAUAGUAAAGCACGUACAGAAAUUUCCAGCUGAAGGACUUGCAAAUGUUGUCCGAAACGUCUUUGAUUUUGAUUCCUACAAUAAUGAAAUGCGUGAGAUUUUAAUUAGGAUCUUACAUAAACAUGGGAUACCGAUUGGAGCAAAGCCUACCAGUGUCCACCUGGCCAAGGAGUUCCCACUGCCGGAUCCAACAUUUAUGGGCUUCUGGAAAGUCAAGACGCUAGGCAACGCACAGCAGAAACUUUUGUGCCCAACUGAAACAUGUUGCGUAGAUAUAAAGGGUCCUCUUUACUUAAAUGUGCAGGCGUUUCCAUUGGAGAAGCACGAAGCCAGGUCCCUGAGUUUCACAGAAGAACACGCUGUUUGGACUCUGCCUUUGAAUGAAGUUAAUUUAGUUUGUGAUGUUGCUGUGGCACAAGAGAAUGAAACUGAGAACUCCCUUUAUGUGGCCACUUGCAAUCCAGUCUCCUUAUACUUUAUGAGGACGUCCAGUGCAAAUGGAUGCUAUGUGGACUUGUAUGACAUCUUCCCACGGACGGUUGGGGGCAACUGGCAACCUCUGGUGACUGUGGCUCCGCUGGGCGAUCCGCUCCAAGGACAAGUCGUGUUGCACGAAGAGCAGACUAAUGCUAUUCUGUUGCUGGACACCAAGGCUCGUACCGUACGCCAACUUCUGCUGUCACCUGAGAUGCGUGAGGCUCCAAAAAGGACAUCCUGGUGGGGCAGCAAGGAGGAAGUGAGAAGUUACAAAAUGUGCAGAGAGUUUUCGCAUAAAAACUGGCUCGUGUUCUACAAAGAAGAAGGGCACCACCUGGUUGUUCUUGAUGCUCUGGAGGGCCGUGCUCACACCAUCUCACUGCCAAUCAACCUCAAGUCUGUCUUUUUGGUGGCUGAAGACCAGUGGCUCCUGGUGGAAAGCACAACAAAUCAAAAAUAUCUUUUGACGAAGCCUGUGCAGAUGGAAUCUGAAGAGAGCCACGUUUGCCAGCUUCAUGCCGUGAGCGAGGAGCCAGGGGAAGCUGGGUUUGGAUUAGCCACAGCUUCAGAACCGAUCGAGCCCCAAGUCGUUUCGAGUGACCAGCUGUCUUCAGAGAACUUGAGUGCAGCCCUUGGGCAGAAGAUCAGCUCCCCCAACAGAGUGCUCUCUGAUGAGCAAAAUUACACCACUCUUGUGGUUGGCUUUCCAGAUCUUAUAUCCUCCAAUGAAGUCUACAGCUGGAAGAGGGGCACCUCGCUGGGCAAGAGGCAGCCUAUGCCUUCCGAUCCACUUUACUAUGGGAGGCCCAGCAAGGGCAGAGUGGCAAAACGCACCAACUGUGUAACUCUCACAGCUGCCAAUCAGGUGGUGAGGGUUUUGGCUCCUGGAGAUGUCCCGCUGAAAGAACUUUAUGCCAAAGAUGUCACUCCCCCUCAGACUGCUGGAUAUUUGGAGAUAACAGAUCUUAUGAUCAAGAAACUUAAAUAUAUACCUAUUCCCAGAUCCACGUCCCUGACACCCUACACUUCAUGGCUGUCCAUGAUUUCUGACACAGACGUGCUCUUGGCAAAGCUUGGCAAUUCUGGCGUCGUUACUGUCGAUAUGGGGGGCACCGUCAGGCUCUGGGAGACCAGCUUCGAAAGCCUUCAGAGAUCCCUCCAGGAAUGGAGAAACAUGAUUGGGCAAGAGGACGGUAGACCCAUGCAGAUCACUAUCCAGCGAGACAGUGGCUUGGAUGUUAGUUCUCCAAAACAUGGGAAGAUGGAUCCGGACAACACUCCUCAUGUGGGUGGAAACACCUGGGCUGGUGGGACAGGGGGGAGAGACACUGCUGGCCUGGGGGGCAAAGGGGGGCCAUACCGGCUGGAUGCUGGACACAAGGUGCACCAAGUAUCUCAGGCUGAAAAAGAUGCUGUUCCUGAAGAGGUCAAGAGAGCUGCCAGAGAGAUGGCUGAGAAGGCUUUUAAGCAGAGGCUAAAGGAGAUCAAGAUGAGUGAAUAUGAUGCAGCUACCUAUGAGAGGUUCUCUGGGGCAGUUCGACGGCAAGUCCACUUACUUCGAGUCAUCCUGGACAGCCUGCAGGCCAAAGGGAAGGAAAGACAGUGGCUGAGACACCAGGCAAUAGGAGAACUAGAUGAUACCAAAAUAAUUGAUAGUCUGACAGGUGAAAAAGCCAUCUACAAGCGUCGGGCAGAGCUUGACCCACAACUUGGGAGCCCCCUGCAAAAGCCCAAGCGUCUCCGCUUGGUUGUGGACGUCUCAGGCAGCAUGUAUCGCUUCAACGGCGUGGACGGGCGGUUGGAGCGUUCCAUGGAAGCAGCCUGUAUGGUGAUGGAAGCCUUCGAGAAUUACGAGCACAAGUUUAAGUAUGAUAUCACUGGCCAUUCUGGAGAUGGCUUCAACAUCACUCUGGUCAACAGUGACAAAGUCCCGAAGAACAACAAGGAAAGAUUAGAGGUUUUGAAGAUCAUGCAUGCCCAUUCUCAGUUCUGUAUGAGUGGAGACCAUACCCUAGAAGGCACAGAGCACGCCAUCCGGGAGGUAGCCAAGGAAGAGGCUGAUGAAUACUUUGUCAUAGUCUUAAGCGAUGCCAACCUGGAGCGGUACGGCAUCCCGCCAGCCAGGUUCACCCAGGCUUUGACCAUCAAUCCUCAAGUGAACGCUUUCACUAUAUUCAUUGGGUCCUUGGGGGACCAGGCCCGCAGGUUGCAGAGGACCCUGCCAGCAGGCCGGGCCUUUAUCGCCAUGGAUACCAAGGAAAUACCACAGAUUCUGCAGCAGAUUUUCACUUCUACCAUGCUGUCCAGCACCUAGAAAUACCCAGACAAUUCAAUGGGGAAAGCAGCUCAGGAUAAUGCGGUGGAUUAUCUAAUGAUCGGGCAAUUAGUGUAAUUAUGUUUUAUAUAGAAAGAAAUAUUGUACUUGAAUUAACUUAUCCUCAGACAUCUGCAGCUCUUCAGCAUGGAGUUAGAUCUUAAAAAUAUCUACAGUCAAACACCCAAACAAUCCAAUGGGGAAAACAGCUCAGAAUAAUCCGGUGGAUGAUCUAAUUAAAGGACAAUUAAUGUAAUUAUGUUUUAUAUAGAAAUAAAUAUUGCACUUGAAUGAAAUUAUCCUUGGACAUCUGCAGCUCUUCAGCAUGGAGUUAGAUCUUUAAAAGAUCUACAGUCAAAAUUUAUGAAAGCAUUCUAUUCAGGGUUUGUAAUAUGUCAUGCUUGGCAUAGAAGAUCUGUCCAUUGAAGAGAGGAUAAUAAAGAAUAUUUGUUACUAUUUUCA